UUAGGGACAUCUUCGGUUACGAGACCCCUGUUUGAUUCCUUUGUUUAUCCUGUCUUUGUCUGGGAAAGAUAUAAAUCCCCCUUCUCCUCCCUUCUCCGCCCAAGUGCAUUAAAGGCUUUACAUCAAGAAUUCGGCCCAACCCAAAUACAACUCACACGAAUUCUGCUCCUCGUGACGAACACUUACUGGACGAGACUCGCCGCUUCGAACAAAGAGCCUUUGCCAUGCAAACUAUAUCACCGGCAUCGACACCCUCCCCGUCUCCGCCUACAUCGGCGUUGAAUACACCUCCGAAUGACAAAUCUGCGGUCCAAACACUUCCUUCAUUUGCUACCGCGGCCAAGACGGGCGCCACGAGUUCGUUUUCUGGCCGCUCCAGCGUGUCGGGAAAGAACUUUUCUCAUGCGCACGACGGUUCUAAACACGGCCGCGAGCGUGGAAGACCCAUUGCUUGCUUAUUUGUUGCGAGCUUAAAUUCUGCCCGAAGCGAACAAGAGCUGGCCACAGCAGUGGAAAACCACUUUAAACGAUGGGGUCCACUGUUGCACGUUAAGGUCCUUAAAGAUUGGCUGCAGCGCCCUUAUUCGUUUGUGCAAUUCCAAAAUCAAGAAGACGCUUCUCGCGCGCUCGCCGAAGCUCACAACACACUUCUUGACGGUCGCUAUAUUCGCGUAGAACAAGCGAGGAUGAACAGAACCAUUUGGAUUGCGCACCCUACUAUUCAGCCAAAGCUGCAGGAUGUGCGCUCGCUGCUACAACCGUUUGGCGAGCUUGAGGAGCUUACUGCGACCAUAGACAGACCCGGGUUUCUCGCUCGAUUUGCAUACCGGGACGAUGCGAUUUCAGCGUUUAGUAGCCUUCGUCAUUCCGUAUGGUCGGUCGAGUGGGCACAGAAUUCGUCUGCUUCUUCACCGCAAGGUGAAAACGGCGCCAGCAACGGCCACGUAAAGCAUGCCGCCAUGCAGCGCAGUGCGAGUCACCCAGAUUCGCUCUCAAAGUCCCCUGCACCACAAGCAAUUGUUAACAGAAACAAGUCCACCGGCAACCUUUCGAAUGUCGGGUCUGCUCCUGCUUCCUCACAUGUUCCGACGACGCAGCGGGACGUUUCCAGUUCUUCAUCCUCGCCUCGCAUGCCUGCGCAAUCAGCACCCAUGCCCGUCCCUAAUGCACCCGCUCCCAUGGAAAAUGUACUUGCGGGUGCAAUGAUUUCACCCACUCAAGCUGGCCCACAUCCAAUGUUCGCACCCGCGCCAGCCAUGCCGCCUACGAUUGAUCCGUUUUCUAUUUUUGCUGGUCAGUUAGACCCGACACAUUGCUCUCGUGAGCUUUUAAUUGAUCAUUUCUCAAAGUUUGGAAAUGUCGUGGAUUGCAAGCUAAUUCACCAGGGCCGCAAGUCUGCAUUCGCGUUCGUCCGCUUUGAUACGCAGGCAGCAGCAAUGAGUGCUGUGUCUUCUGAAAACAAGCCUGUUUUCCAACAAAAGCCCAUUCGCGUUCAAUUCCGUCAAAUCCGGAGCGUCCCUGGUCCUAUGUCAAUGCCGGGCUGCUGCUACGGCAUGUACCCUCCUUCCGCACAGUUCAUGCCUCCGACAAUUGUGGGCGUCGGCCCUAACGGUAUGCCAGUUGGCAGCCCUAUAAAUAUGUCCAUGGGUCCAAUGUAUCCUUACGUUACACCGGAAAUGUGCAUGCAGGGAAACUUCUUUUACUAUGGUCAGGGUGCUUUACCAAUGACCCCGGCGCCUUCAUACUGAAUGAACGGUCCUAAUUCUGUGGACCACACAGGACGGCCUGCGUAUACGAUGUAGCGAUGCUCAACACAUGAACCUACCUUUUGUUAUGUUGCAUUGCGGCGCACACGUUUGCCUCCACGUAACACACAUACACACACAAACAUGUUACCACUUCAUCGUUGUCACCUUUCCAAGGUGGGCGACCCCGACAAGGCGUUGGAGAGUGUUGGUUCGACGCGCCUUCUUUCGUUUAUGUUCCCUUCUGUCUUCUGUGUGCAUAAGUUUCUCACUGGCUUUCUUUUUCUUCUUUUUUCUACAUUUUUUUAUUUGGUUCCCCUCGUCCCGUCCCAUCGAUUGUCCGCAUACCUCAUUGCCGGACCGACGCUUCUUUACCGCGCCAUCUCCGACACUACAGUGAAAACACUGACGACGACAAGCAACAAAGUGAGGGCGGUUAAGCCCAAGCUUGUUUGCUGUUGUUUUCGUCGCGAACAGUAAGUGAACACUGUGCGUACCUGUCGUGUUAAUUUCCCCCGUUUAUAAUCAUGAGGUGGACUCAUGAUCCAUCUACCGUUUAUGUCUUCUGUAUGGUAUUGAAUAUUUAAUUUGAGUUACACAUAAA